GCUUCUGGCUCGAGCUGACAUCACUUGGUGAGCGUGCCUCGAUUGAGCAAGUGUCGGGGGUCUGCGGCUAUGUUUUCAGGCCUCCCGUCGGCGAAGUCGCUUCGCCGUUCUUGUACGUAUCCCGCGAUGGCCUCGGCAACGCGAACUUCGGACUCGCAGAUAGUGUCCAGCAGGAGCUCGUCGGACACGUUGGCAGGUAGCAGUCCAGAGCGAGGUGGAAGAAGCCAAAUUCUGAUGCCAUGCCUGCUCGCACUGGUCUUCGCGGCCGUCGCCCUCGGCGUCCUCUGCCGCUUCGGCCUCGUGAGUCUCUCAGGCGGCCUCAGCUUCCGCACCUGCAAGGGCAGGCCCGCGACCAGCAGCGACUACAGCAGGUGCGAGGCCUGGCAAGACGCGCGCACGGUGCUGAGUCUGCUCAUCGGGGUCCUCCUGACCAGCUGCGGCGAGGGCACCCUCAAGCGCUCGCAGGGCGACGCCAACUCCAGCAGCAGCGCUAUUGGCGGCGGCCCCGGGUUUACUACGAUGCUCAUCGGCAUGGCCUUCUGACCCAGCGCGGCGCGGCUCGUCCGCACCAUCCCAGGAGGAACCCUCGUCCUUUACCCCUUUCCACUUCUCUUCCCUCCUCCUCCUCCUCCUCCUCCUUCGCGGCCGCGUGUGCGACCCGCGACCCUCCAGCGCCGCGCUGCCUGGCACCGCCCGCGCCCUGGCCACGCGUCGCGUCGGCGCGCUGUGAUGCGGCAAACGUCGCCGCCAGCCUGCGUGCGGAGAUGCGGAGCGCGCGCGUGCGCGCUUCUCGGGCGCCGCGCCUGCCUGUCUGCUGCUGCUGCUGCUGCGGCUGCUGCUGCUUCUGCGG